CGCGUGUCUGCCUGCCGUGGCCUGCGCGCUGGCACAUUCAUCGACCAUCCUUCAUUCUCUCUCCCGGGUCAUGAAAAUACUCCCACGGAAAACUCUCAGAUCCGACUACCCUCGCUGGUGCAGAGCUGAGCCUUCGUCUUCUCUCUUUCUUUUUCUUUUGAGGGAACCACGAUCACCCAACCUGAGUGUUUCCGACAAACCACUUCGGCGCGCAGUUUUAGGUCCACGGUUGCAAGGCUGACAUGGACGGAGCCAAGAGUUCAGCGCCAGCCGGCCAGACGCCCAGCAAUCGAGUGGCAAAGGCGAAUCGCAAGACGGUUGCGGCCAGAUACAAUAUCAAGGUGCUGCGCGGUCUGGAAAAAGCGCUGUUGAAGGAUCCGGAGGCCAACCUCUGCGACCUUCUGUCCUCUUCGUAUCCCCAGCAGCUCAAGUCGUUCAAGGAAGCAGAUGCCCGGCCUAGCAAAACUCCGCGACCGCUCCCCACCCAUGACAUCCGCUCCAGGCUCCACGGUACCGAUCCUGCAACCAUUGCGCGCGAGUUGUCUCCUGAGCUCCAGGAUCUUCUCGGACACUAUGAUCAACUCUCCGAGGCUGUCAUCAAGCUGUUGGAUGAAAGCGAAGUGCUCUACAAAAGCCCGUGGGCGGCUUCUUGCAUGGUCUUCCGUGUCAGCGACGGAAUCGUCGCGAAAGUCACCCUCGAGGAGCACAUCACAACCGAGUACCGGACCCUGUCGUACCUGCAGGAACACUUGCCGCGCUUUCCAGCGCCACGCUUGCAUGGCGUGAUCCGCAUCGGGCGGUAUGGUCUGCUGUUCACCUCCUUCGUCUCUGGCCUCGACUUGGAGAAAGUGUGGCCCCGACUGGAUGACGUCCAGAAACGGUCCAUCAGCACCCAGCUUGACAAGCUCCUCAUCGACCUCCGAUCCCUUCCAUUUCCACCAAACACACCGCUUGGUGGGGUAGGGGGCCAGGGCUGCAAAGAUGGAAGACGGGGUAUACGCAUCAGUCCCAAGCCGAUCCUGGAUGUCAGCCAAUUCGAAGAUUUCAUCUUCACUGGCUCCAAAACGGCCUCACACAUGUACACUCGAUUCCUGCGAUCUCUGAUGCCCGCAUCCCCGGCAAAAGUUGUCUUCACCCACGGAGACAUCCGACCGGCAAACAUCAUGGUGCGCCAGGACGAGGAAGGCUCUUGGACCGUCGUUUCCAUCAUUGACUGGGAGUCGAGUGGUUUCUAUCCCGAGUACUGGGAAUGCGUCAAAAUGACCAACAACCUAACCCCUAGGGAUGGGGAUGACUGGUAUCUGUUGCUGCCGGAGUCCUUGUCGCCACGGCAGUUCCCAGUGCAGUGGCUGAUAGACAGGAUAUGGGAUCGCAAUCUGGAGAACAGCUAGAUGGGGAUCCUUCUUAUUGCAUGUAAUAUUCAAUCUUCAGGAAAACGAAGAUCAUUUCUUGACUGACUAGAUGGGACUCGGCAAGACGGCCACGUCCCUGGCCGUCGCCGUCGUUAGCCGCCGCCUGCGCACGCUAGCCGAUCACGUCUCCCAGCACCCCGAUCAGCAUCUCGCGCCCGACGAUGAGCGCAAAACAAGUCCGUCGGGAAGCAACUUAGCUACCUCAUUCGCAGUUCAACUCCUUCCAUAUCGCCCCGCCUCGCCGGUUCGUCGCGCAUAUCAUCGCCUGCUGUGGCAUUGACAGAGCUAUCGGCGGACGGCAGGCGAUCCUCAAGGCGGGCCUGAAGGCAAAAGUCCC